AUGAAGAAGAGAAAUUAGAAACUAUGUAUGUAAAUCAAAUUAUUAAUUAAGCUGAUUUAUAUGUUACAUCGAAAGUACUAUGUGCUAAAUUUGGAACAUAUUCAAAGAAAUUUAUGGCUAGUGGAGAUGAAAAAAAUUGUGUUCAAAUUUGGUAAAUUGGAAAUCAAAAACCCAUUGCUGUAUUUCAAUAAUACAUAGCUAGACUUUAAGUUCAUAAAAUAAUUCAAAUGCAUAAGUUGAAGUUGCUAGUGUCAAUUUUAAUUUUUGUGAGACUGAAUUAUUUUCAGGUUCCAAUAGAGGUAUCAUUAAUAUUUGGGAUGUUGAAAAUCAAAAAUGUAAAAUUAUUUAUUUAAAUAUAUUAUCUAUAGAGUUCUAAACACUAAAAGGUCAUACUACAUGUGUUAAUACUCUUUGUAUUUAUCCUACUGAAGAUAAUAAACAUCUUCUUCUUAGUGGAGCUUAUGAUACUUCUAUUAAAUUAUGGGAUUUAAGAUCUAAAACUGCAGUCAAUCAAUUCAAAGGUCAUAGUAUGUAAAUAAAUGCUUUGGCAGUCUCUCCAAAUUGUAAAUUAUUAGCAUCUGGUUCAAAUGAUGGAUAAGUUAAAAUUUGGGAUAUUACUUAAGCUAAAUUAAUAGCAUCUUUUACUUAACACGAUAGUUAAAUUACUUGUCUAAGCUUUAAUCCAGUUGAUAAGGCAUUAGCAUCAGGUGGAGGAGAUAGAUGUGUCAGAUAUUGGGAUUUAGAUAGAUUAACUUAAGUAAUUUUAUUUUAAUAAUUUUAGAUAUCAUCUACCAGAACUGAUACAACUCCAAUUUAAUGUAUAUUAUUUGAAUAAAAUGGGAAAAUAUUAUAUUCUGCUGCUUAUGACUCCCUAAAAGUUUGGGAUGUUGAACAUGAUUGUUAACUUUUAGAUAAUGUUGAAAGUAGUUGGAGAGGAGUAUAAGAUUUAUUAGUUGUUUAAGAAAGAGAUUAACUAUUAGGACUUGCUUCAAAUGUACAAAGUGGUUUUAGUCUUCAUGGUGUUAACCUAAAAACUAUUUGUCAAGAUGUUAAAAAUAUAGAUGUUAGAUCAAGUGGUGGUGGUGCAUCUGUAAAAAGAGGAAGAACACCAGAUAAAAGAUAAGAUAUCUAAACAGCAAAUCCAAAACCAUCAGAUUCAGAAAGUAAAGUUAAAAGCAAACCAUCAUUGUAAAUGCAAGCCUAAAACAUAUUAAAUUAAGAUUAUUAAUAUGAUAGAUAAAAAUCUAAUGAAUAAAUGAAAGAUAUUUAGCAAUAAUAAUUAUAGUAAUAACCAUACUUCUAAUAAUAAUAAAUAAUAGGGUCACCGUAUCUCAAUAAUAAUAAUAAUAAUGGAUAUUAACAAUAAUAAUAAUACUCCUAAUAAUAAAUAUUAUAUUAAUACUAAAUAUAACCAACUUAAUCAUUUUAAUAGUAAACUGUUUUGACUUAUUAAUAAUAGACAAAUCAAAUUCAUUAACAAUAAUAAUAAUAAAACUAAUUAUUUUUGCAACAAAAUCUUUUGUAAUAAUAGCCACAGUAAUUUUAAAAUCACGAUACAAAUUAAUACUUUACAAAUUAAGUACACACACCCUAAAAUAAUCCAUAAAAAUAUUAAUAGAUUUAUAUUCCUUAAGUGAUAGUUCCAAAUAUAGAGGAAGAAGAGUAUCCUCCAGAUGAAUCUGAAAUUAUGGCUUCAAAUGAUUUAACUCUCUCUUAAUUUAUGAUGGGAGAUUAAAAUAAGGAAAAGUUUAAAUAAGUAGAUCUCAUACAUGAGAUUGUCAAAGAUCACAAUAAAGUUUAAUCUGUUUUAACUUAAAGAAUGAAUUAUAUGAGACCUAUUCUUCAUUGGUGGAGUAAUAAUAAUCUUAAAUCUGCUAUAAAUGCAAUUACUUAGUAGAAUUUUUAUUUUAUAUUAGAGUAAUAGAACCAUCAAUUUUAUAAGAUGCUUUGUCUCUUUAUUCCUAAUAUCCUAAAUUUGCAUAAGUACCUAUAGAUACAAUUCCAAUGCUAUUAGAAAAAGCAAGAAUUCUUAUUGAAUCUAAAUAUACUUCACAUAUGAGAGGAGGCCUUGAUUUUGCUUGGACAACUCUUAAUUAAUUUAGAGAUGUAAUUAAUUAUUUAAUAUUUAAGGAAAUUCUUAGUAUUAAAUUAUUUAAUUAAUUAUCAAAGGCAGAUUUAGCUAGGGAAGAAAGAAUUUAAAAAUAUGAUAGAAUUAUUGAACAAUUUAAAAUAUUAGUUUAAACACCAAAAGUACAAAAAAUAAUUGACAGAAAUAAAGAAGAUCUCUCAGACUUGGCUAAGAAAUUUUAAAUUGAAGUGGUUGGAUUUCUCAAAAAAGUUAAUUAGAAUUAAAUGCUAAAUUGA